AUGCAGCCUGAUCGCUCCUCACCCUUCUCAGGAGACAUUAAACUCUUGUUCCUGGCCUUAGCUGUCCUUGUGGUCCUGGCUCAGACUUCCCCAGAUGGAUGGGCCAGAAAGUGCUCGUAUGGAAUGGGCAGAUGCAGGAGACUAUGCAAAGAAUAUGAGAAGAAGAAAGAAAAAUGUGGGGGAAGCUAUUUUUGCUGCGUGCAUGCAUACCAUAAACUAUCAGACUUUUGCAAGGACAAAGAGACAAUGGCUUUCUAUAGCCCAGCAAUCUCUACAUUGUCCCAAGAUAUGACUGAUAAUGGCUGUCCCAUGGAAGAAGACUGUAUUAAGACCCAUGGAGACGAUGGCCAAGGAGAGAAACCUCAGAAGAAACCAGUUCUAUUGACACCUUGA